CAUAAUAAUGCUCUCCAAAUAUACUUUUCUGAGUAUACUUAGUUACUGUGCACUCGUUUUUAUUUUUAUUCUUGACAUUUUAUCAUUAUCAUGAUGCUGCUGCUCUUGUUUGUUUGUUUUUUGCUGUCGCGAUCCUGUGAAUUUCCCCAUUGUGGGACUAAUAAAGGAAUAUCAUCUUUGUAUUUCACCUCGUUUUCAUUAUAUACUCUUAUUAAAUAUGCCAUUUUAUAUAGUGACAACAAUUAUACUAAUAAUAUACAUUAGACUACAUUAGUAUUGGAUACAAAUUAAAGUUAAACUACAACAUUCGGGCUCUAUGAUUCUGACAGCGUAACACACAACACAUUCGAUCAGACUUUCGAAUGUUAUUUCUUUUUUCGGGGGGGAUUUCACAGUUUUUAAAAUCAAUUCAACUGACUCUUUGAGAGCUAAAUUUAUUUCCCACGCCCCUGGAACGCGGCAUCGGGUUUUCGACGUGACGUAACCCGGAAGCGGGAUUGAACCGAGUGGGCGGAGCCCGGCGGAAGAUGGCGUUCGUUCGCUGUCGGCGAGACCCCUGCGGCGUUAUCUGUCUUGUUUUAACCUAUUUCAGCGUGUUUUACGCGGACUACGUGGUCGUUCAGUAUGUCCUCAUCCCCGCCUACUCGGACAGCGUGUGGUGCUCUCUGCACGGAUCCGUGUUCAACCUGAUCCUGCUGCUGCUGCUGGCCUGCCACGCCAAAGCCGUCUGCUCAGACCCCGGCAUGGUUCCUCUCCCUGAGACGGCCAUGGACUUCUCGGACCUCCGCUCCCAGUCCACGCGCAUGAACGAGCGGGGCUGCGAAGGCUGGACGGUGUGCAGCCGCUGUGAGACCUACCGGCCCCCCAGAGCGCACCACUGCCGCGUCUGUCAGAGGUGUGUACGCCGCAUGGACCACCACUGCCCCUGGAUCAAUAACUGUGUCGGGGAGCUCAACCAGAAGUAUUUCAUCCAGUUUCUGUUCUACACCGGCGUGGCCAGCCUGUACUCCCUGGUGCUGGUGGUCUCCUCCUGGGUGUGGCGGAUAAGGAACGAGAGGGGCGGCGACGCCGGGAGGGAGGCGGAGGAGGAGGAGUCGCCCAGCAAGCACCUGAUCGUCGGCCACUACAUCAUCCUCCUGGUGGAGUCGGUGCUGUUCGGCGUGUUCGUCGUGGUCAUCUUCUACGAUCAGCUGGUCUCCAUCGUCACGGACGAGACCCCCAUCGAGCAGAUGAAGAACCGACUGAUGAAGAAGGACAGAGGCUCUUCAUCCUCGUCACCAUCCUCCCCUCAGAUGCCGCACCCCCCCACUCACACCCGCAAGCCCAAGCUCGCCCUGCUCAGGGAGGUUUUUGGAAGAGGUUCCGUCUUCUUCUGGCUUCUUCCCCUCCACUCCAGCCCCCCCGCGGCGCGGCGGACAUCACAUACUUCGCCCCUCCCAGAAUAA